AUGUGGCCCUUGUUUAAGGAUAGCCCCAGCUUUCAAUGCUCUAAGUAACAAAUAUCUUCAGGCAAUGUUUUUGGAAGUGGAUGUGCAUCAGUGCCAGGGUACAGCUGCUACCAAUAAUAUAUCAGCAACGCCAACAUUUCUGUUUUUUCGCAACAAAGUACGAAUCGACCAAUAUCAAGGAGCAGAUGUUCUAGGGUUAGAAGAAAAAAUUAAGCAGCACCUGGAGAAUGAUCCUGGAAACAAUGAAGAUACAGAUAUCCCUAAAGGAUAUAUGGAUUUAAUGCCAUUUAUCAAUAAAGCUGGCUGUGAAUGUCUUAAUGAAAGUGAUGAGCAUGGAUUUGAUAAUUGUUUACGUAAAGAUUCUACCUAUUUGGAAUCAGAUUGUGAUGAGCAGCUGCUUAUUACUGUUGCUUUUAGUCAACCAGUCAAGCUUUAUUCUAUGAAACUUCAGGGGCCAGAUAAUGGGCAAGGUCCAAAGUACAUAAAAAUCUUUAUCAACCUUCCUCGAUCUAUGGAUUUUGAAGAAGCAGAAACAAGUGAACCAACUCAAGCCCUGGAGCUAACACCAGAUGAUAUUAAAGAAGAUGGCAUUGUCCAGCUUCGCUAUGUUAAAUUUCAGAACGUUAACUGUGUAACUUUGUUUGUCCAGUCCAAUCAUGGUGAUGAAGAGGCAACAAGAAUUACAUACUUGACAUUUAUUGGAACUCCAGUCCAAGCAACAAAUAUGAGUGACUUCAAGCGGGUAUGGCAUGCAAGUGGAAAAAACCCUGCAGACCCUGGGGAGCAUAAAAGCAGGAGAGAGGCUGUGGUGGGGGAGGAACGAAAAGUGCACUUUGAAGCAGGGGAGGCCCUGCUGACACUCCCUAUCAAAUCCACCGCUGGCAUGUUCCUUUUCUCUCUUUUUGGUGGUUGGCCAUCUCUCAAGGGUCGGUAGUUGGCAAAAAAGGAGAGAGUCACUAGGAUGUGCAAGACAGUGGAAGGCCUUACUCCAAUCAACUGAGAUCUUCACUUUUAACUACAACUUCCAGAUAAUUGCUUAACCCUAGCCAGAGAGUUUCAUUUAAUGCCAUUACCAAUAAAACACUGUUUCUGUUGAGAUGCAGUUUCAGUAGUGUGUUACUGUUGUAAUCCUUGUUAUGUGCAUUUGUAAGUAAAAUUAAUUGUUUUUAUCAA